AUGACAUGGCUUUUCUUUGUGUUCUCUAGUGGUGGCAGCCACUCUUUCCGCCUUUUACAGAAGAACUCCCUCUGCGGUGCCCACCCCUCCGCACUGGGGCCUAAAUCCAUCGUCCCCAUAGGGAUGAUGACGGCGUCCUCGAACAUAGGGUUAGUGACGAACAUAGACGAGCCGCAAUUCGAACAGAACGAGCGUGCGAGCGUGUUCCCCGUGUCUGUUGCGCUGUCCUCGUUUGUGGUAGAAGCUAUUCGCCAUAAAGCUAGCUCCCGUCGAUUUGCGACAGUUAUUGCAGUGGCAGAGGACGGUAGUUUUAGGGACUCCGGUGACUUCGUAGCGGAUCUUUUGACAAAGACAGCUGCCAGUGAUGGUGACGGAGGACAUGUUGUUUAG